AUGAACGAAAAACAAAAAAAAUUAGAUGAAGAUUUAAAAAACAAAACAAUUGAUGAAACAAUAGCUGAACAAAAAACUGAAGAAAUUGCAGGAUUAAUUAUUAUACAAUCAGGUCAAGAAGCAUUUCUUACACUACUUCAAUCUGAAAAAGAUUCGAAAAUAAAACGAUUGGAUAAAAAUAAAGAAAAUGCGAUCCAUGAUCAUGAUGAAUCAGCUGAACUUAAUACAGAAUAUUUUCUAUAA